CGUGACUGUCGCGACGCGUGAAGUGGCGCAAACUUCAGACGAUACGAGCUCUAGGUAAAGUCCCGGUCAAUUUUUGUCAACGUUUUUUUUUUCUCGUUGGUGCUAUUGUGAAUUGUGACGUUACGGCGAAUGCGAUUACGUUGCUGUUCUUCCAUUGUUUCUCGCAUCACGAGGAGGAUCCGCGCCGAAUUUUCGUUCUCGUUGACGUCGAUUCUCUGGGUCAUUUAAAACGCGACAGCCGCGCGAUAUUCCUGACCAGAACGAGCUCUGAAUACGACCAGUGGCCGAGAAAUAAAAUCACACGACCUGUCAAAGUAAGCUUCGUCAUCGGGACGUCGACAUGGAUUUAUUGUUCUUCUCGUCUAUAGACGAUGCCACGAAAGCGUGGCUCGACACUCUGCAUCGGAUGUGGGCGCUAUGGAAGAAGUGCGAUGGUGUUAGCAAAACAUUAACGGACUACUUUGAAACAGCACCAAAUCCAUAUCUCAGCACUCUGAGAAUCCUCGUCAACACCACUGAUUUUGAUCACAUGACAAAUAGCAAAUCUCUUGCAUUUGCAGUGAUAGAAGAAUUUUCAAAUUGGAUAGAAGAGAGAAAAGAAGGUUAUACAGAAUUUCUUGUUCCUGAUUUGAAACUAGCAGCUUUCAAAUUAAUAAAGCAAAAAAAUAUGAAACAGAUGCUACUAAUUAAGAAGGUGUCUACCAUAUAUGAUUUUGUGGAACAUAAAGAUAUGUUUUUACAAACAAUAAAAGAAAUGAUACAAGAGAAAGAAUAUAAGGAGGCUGCACAAUAUGCUGCAAUGUUACAAUUGCAGAGUCAUUUUAUGAAUCCAGAAAUAUUGUUAUUACCACUUAUAUUACAAAAUAAGUUACAAGUAGUUGACGAAUUUCUAGUUGACUGCCCAGAAGUUCAGAAAGCCUUGACGACUUACUUAGAUAAUUUGAUAGCACCAGGAAAAAAUGUACAAAUCAUACUAGAACGAUUUAUCGAAGAUAAUGAUAUUCCGGAAGUUAAAAUAUCGUUAACACAAGUUCGUCCGAUAACUAAGCUUGUUGCACGUCUAAUAAAACAGUACAAUUUGUCGCCUGAUGUAUGUCCACAUUUAAAUACAAAACGAAACGAGGGAGCAUUGCAGUUUCUUAUACAUAAACAUUAUGUGGAUGGUAGCUUAAAUGUUGCUAGUUGGAGAGAGAUGGUAAGAGAGGCAAUAGGAAAUGAUGACAAAUUACAAAGGGAAUUGCUUCUUAUGUUAAUUAAUGUCAAUGAUGCACAAGAAGGUUUAUAUUGGGCAAAGGAAUAUAAAAUACCUAAACAGGAAUGGCCAUGGUUGAUAAUGGAUGCAGAAAAAGAAGAAGGUGCGCAAGGAAUAAAUGAUGGAGCUUCUACAAGUAGAGAUGAAAAUUGGGAACCAGCUGAUGAUAAUAUAAAUUAUCAUGUCUUAAAAUUACCAAGAGAAUGCAUUACUGUAGUAGAUAAUGGACGUUUAUUUGAAGAAUUUCUUGAUAAUGGAUUGAGAAAUGUUGCUGUAGUUGGAAUUGACUUGGAGUGGAAACCUAGCUUUGGAACUAAGCAACCAGAAUUAGCGCUUAUUCAGGUAGCUACUGAGGAUAAUGUUUAUAUUCUGGACGUAACUACGCUUGGUAAUGAAUUAUCUGAACUUUGGGCUGCACUUGGUCUUAUGUUAUUCGGAAAUAAAAAUAUUGUUAAAAUUGGAUUUGGAAUAGCACACGACAUGACAGUGAUACGCAAUAGUAUACCUAUACUAUCAUCUAUUAAAACACAUGGUCAAGGAUAUCUCGAUUUGAUGAUUUUGUGGAGAAAAUUAGCAGAAGAUUACAAUUUUAUUUUUCCAUACAACGGUGAUCCAAACUUCACGAGCAAGAGUUUAAGUAAACUUGUAGAAUUAUGUUUUGGACAAAGAUUGGACAAAUCUGAUCAAUUUUCAAAUUGGGAGCUAAGACCUCUUAGGGAAAGUCAAAUAAUAUAUGCUGCAUUGGAUGCUUACUGUUUAUUGGAAAUAUAUAAAGUAUUAGCAGAUUAUUCAGCAGCUUUGGAUAUACCAUUUGAAGAUAUUUGUGCUGAAAUACAGCAUAUUCCGCAGGCACAUAAAAAACACAAUAUGAGUAAAACCACACAUAAGAAACCUAUGUAUUCAAAUCCAACGAUGCCUGAUAGAGGCAACGAGAAUUAUCGCGCGAACACAGGAGCUUUACCAAAAUAUGAAACAGCGCCUAAAUAUAAACCUGCGCCCAAACAGGGAUAUCAUAACAAGCAGAAUAAAUCUACAAAUGUUGGAAUACUUAAAGUAGCUAAUGAUGGAAGACACAAUAACCAAAAGAGAUAUGACAAUCAUGAUAAUCAGAAUCGGGACAGAUACGCGCGUGUUGGGGUAAUUCGAAUAACUAAUGAUAAUCCAAGGUCCGGUAACCAAAGGAGAUAUGACGACUACGAUAAUUAUAAUCACACUAGAUAUGCACAUGUUGGAAUGACGCGAGCAACUAACGAUGAAAGAUACGAAAAUCCAAAGAGAUACGAUAAUUAUGAGAAUAGAUUCGACAAUUACGAGAAUCACAAUAGAUACGAUCAGCCGAACAGAUACGGUAAUCAAAGUAGACGCGAUAACUAUAAUUAUAAUAAAUACGACAAACAAGUCGAUAGACGGGAGGAUGUUCAGAGUAGAUUUCGAGACAAGUUUGGGAUGAAUGAACCGGAACCCAGGGUGCAACGGCGACAUCACGAGGACCCAGUCGCCGCGCAUACAUGGCGCGUUGUAUGCGAUUCCAUGCUGGGUGGCUUGAGCAGCAAAUUACGGAUGUGCGGCGUAGACUGCGUUCACGUCUUGUUUGAUCAGGGUGGAGACGAUUCCGCCAGAUUGGCAAUGCGUGAAAAUAGGAUUUUACUGACGCGUAACAAAAACUAUGAAAGAUUUAAGCAGUAUCUACCACUAGAGAACUGCUACAGGGUAUUGGCAGAUACACCUGACAAUCAAUUGCGCGAAGUCUUACGUUGUUUCGGUGUCAUCGUCACACAGAAUGACAUUUUCAGUCGAUGUCAAAUUUGUAAUUGCGACGAAUUCGUCAAAGUCCCGAAGCAAUUAAUGGACGAUCUUGUGCAAAGCUUUGUAAAAAUUAUAAGGAAGAACAAUUAUCGAGUGCUGCCCAAUCAAGCCAACGGCGCAGGAAAUGUCGGCAUCGACGGCUAUAGCUCGACCGACGAGAUCGAAUUCGCUCUGAAUCCGAACAGUUAUUGCACAAACAGCGAGCAUCGCACGUGGCGUCUGUCUGUAGACACCAUUGACAUCGCCACAUGUACUACGAGAUAUCAAAUGCGAAUACAAAUUGACAAGGUUCCGCCGAAUGUCCUGAAGAACGUACAGGUCUUUUAUAUCUGCGAGCACUGCGGAAAGAUCUAUUGGGAUGGUUCGCAUUUGGAGCGAGCUCUUAAUGGCGUUAUCAAAGAUUUAAUCGUUAAACAGUAAGUAUUAACGUUAAAUGUGAUACAAAAAAAAACUCGAAGACUCCUGCUCAAAUAAUUAAGACAAAA